CAGGAGGAGGACCAGGACCAGGACCAGGACCAGGACCAGGACCAGGACCGGCCCCGGCCCCGAGAGCGGAGAGGACCAAACUCGGCAGCCCCGGCUGGGCCUCCUGCCUCCCUCCGUCCCCCGGGCGCAGCGGGGCCGUCCGGCCGGCCGGCUCGGGCCCUGUGCGUCCGUGUGUGUGUGUGUCCGUGUGUGUCCCCGUGUCCGUCCCCGUGUCCGUCCCCGUGUCCGUCCCCGUGUCCCCUUGCGGACGGGGGUCCCGGAGGCGGGUCCCGGGCGGGGAGCGCCCCCGCCCCCGCCCCAUGGCUUUCCUGCGGAAGGACCAGCAGCAGCGCCUCUGCUCCCGGGAGAGGUUUUCCCUGCUGUUGCUGAACUUGGAGGAAUAUUACUUUGAGCAACACACAGCCAAUCACAUCGUUACAAAGGGCAGCCAGACCGAAAGAAAAAUCAGGGGGUCAUUUAAAAUCUGUUCAAAAUCAGUGAUUUUUGAACCCGAUGAGAGCUCCCAUCCCAUCAUUAAGAUUCCUCUGAGAGAUUGCCUUCAGAUAGAAAAGCAAGAAGCCAGUGGAGCAAACAGCCUCUUCUCAAAGACAGAUCAUGGAAGGAUUGCUCUCAUUUUCACUCAGGUUUAUUUCAUUAAGGAGCAUAAUAUUGUUGCACCAUAUAAAAUUGAAAGGGGCAAAAUGGAGUAUGUCUUCGAACUGGACGUAGCAAGGAAAGUGCAGGAUGUUGUGGAGACUUUGCUUCAGCUGCACAGAGCUUCUCGCCUUGAUAAACUGGGAGAUCAAACAGCAAUGAUAACAGCUAUAUUGCAGUCACGUUUGGCCAGAACAUCAUUUGACAAGAACAGGUUUCAAAGUGUUUCGGAAACUCUGCACAUGGAAUGUAAAGCAGAAAUGGUGACUCCUCUGGUGACUAACCCCGGGCACGUCUGCAUCACGGACACAAACCUGUAUUUCCAGCCCCUGAAUGGCUAUCCUAAACCAGUAGUCCAAAUAACACUUCAAGACGUUCGCCGGAUUUACAAAAGGAGACAUGGCCUCAUGCCUAUGGGCCUAGAAGUAUUUUGUACAGAAGAUGACCUGUGUUCUGAUAUCUACCUGAAGUUCUAUGAAUCUAAAGAGCGAGAUGAGCUUUAUUACUACAUUGCAACAUAUCUAGAAAACCACAUUGCAGAACACACAGCAGAGAGUUACAUGCUUCAGUGGCAGCGAGGGCACAUCUCCAACUAUCAGUAUCUUCUUCACCUCAACAAUCUGGCUGAUCGCAGCUGCAAUGACCUAUCCCAGUAUCCCGUGUUUCCCUGGAUAAUAAAUGAUUAUACCAGUGCGGAGUUAGAUCUGUCAAAUCCUGAAACCUUCCGGGAUCUUGGUAAACCAGUAGGUGCACUGAAUAAGGAAAGGCUGGAGAGGUUGUUGACUCGCUAUCGGGAAAUGCCGGAGCCAAAAUUCAUGUAUGGGAGCCACUACUCUUCUCCCGGUUAUGUUCUUUUUUAUCUCGUUCGAAUCGCCCCCGAAUACAUGCUCUGUCUACAGAAUGGAAGAUUCGAUCAUGCAGACAGAAUGUUUAACAGUAUUGCAGAAACAUGGAAGAACUGUUUGGACGGUGCCACUGAUUUUAAAGAGUUGAUUCCGGAGUUCUAUGGUGAUGACUUCAGCUUUUUAGCCAAUCACUCAAAGUUGGAUCUGGGGAAGAGGCAAGGAGGAAAAAUGGUCGAUGAUGUGGAACUUCCGCCCUGGGCUUCAGGCCCCGAGGACUUCCUUCAGAAAAGCAAAGAUGCAUUAGAAAGCCCUUACGUGUCAGAGCAUCUUCACGAAUGGAUUGACCUCAUCUUUGGCUACAAGCAAAAAGGAAGUGAAGCGGUUGGGGCCCGAAAUGUAUUCCAUCCCCUGACCUACGAGGGAGGCGUUGACGUGUACAGCAUCGAAGACCCCGACGAGAAAGUAGCCAUGCUGACCCAGAUCCUGGAAUUCGGGCAGACACCCAAACAGCUGUUUUCCAUUCCACAUCCUCGGAGGAUCACCCCAAAGUUCAAGAGUUCGUCCCAAACGUCCAGUUACAACACUUCCAUUGCCGAUUCCCCCGUCUCUCCAGGGGAAGAGUCUUUUGAAGACCUGACUGAGGAAAGCAAGACACUGGCUUGGAACAACAUUACCAAACUGAAGCUGCAGGAUCAGUUCAAGAUUCACAAAGAGGCAGUUACGGGGAUAGCGGUGUCCAGCAACGGCUCCUCCAUCUUCACGACAUCUCAAGAUUCUACCCUGAAGAUGUUUUCUAAAGAAUCAAAAGCACUCCAAAGAAGUGUGUCCUUUUCAAACUUGGCUUUAUCAUCCUGUUUAAUCCUACCAGGAGAAUCCACUGUCGCCUGUUCCUCGUGGGACAAUAAUAUCUAUUUUUACUCUGUAGCAUUUGGAAGAUGCCAGGACACACUAAUGGGGCAUGACGACGCGGUUAGCAAGAUCUGUUGGCAUAACAACAGGCUCUAUUCUGCAUCCUGGGACUCUACGGUGAAGGUGUGGCUUGCUGGUUCCGCAGAGACCACAGGGACCAGAAGACACAACUUUGACCUGUUGGCUGAGUUGGAACAUGACGUCAGUAUGAGGGACGGGAGUCACCCAGGAACCAGUCUAGAUCCCGUGACCGCCAGACCCCUGCUGCCUCCCCCACACCAAACCAUCGCCCCAAGCCCUUUGCCAGACAGUGGACACGGCCAGCCUGAACGAGGCCGGCACGCUGCUGGUGACGGGCACCCGGGAGGGCUCCGUCAACAUCUGGGAUCUGUCUGCCGGCACGCUGCUGCACCAGCUCUCCAGCCACACGGGGGCCGUGUGCCAGGCCGCUUUCAGCCCCGACAGUCGCCACGUGCUCAGCACAGGAGAAGACGGUUGCGUGAACGUGACGGACGUGCAGACGGGGACACUCAUCUCUUCUCUGACGUCAGAGCGGCCCCAGAGGUGCUUCAGCUGGGACGGCGACACCGUGCUCGCCGGAAGUCAGUCGGGCGAGCUGCUGGUGUGGGAUCUGCUUGGAGGCAGAGUGAGCGACAGGAUCUCGGGUCACACGGGUGCCGUGACAUGCAUGUGGAUGAACGAACAGUGUAGCAGCAUCAUCACGGGAGGGGAAGAUCGACAAAUCCUGUUUUGGAAACUGCAAUAUUAAGUGCCUCUUCCUCCCCGGGAUCUGGUGACAGAAACUCGCCUCAGAGCCACUUUCUUUUUAAACCAGACUUUUUAAACAGAUUUACAAAAUGUGCAAUGAUGGACGCGGAAGUUGUACCCGUCGGGAAGUCCGUCUAGCCUUAAGGCUUUCUAAAAGUAGGUGACUUCCCUUAAACAAAGAUAUUAACUCUCAUCUUGAUGGGGUGAAGUCCUCAACUGGACUUACAGCCCGAGUUUCUGGGAGAAAGUUACAGCUUUUUCUGGCAGGGCAUCCAAGCCCCACCUCCUUCCCCACCACGCAGCGGGUGCUACCAGCAGACACAGAUGGGAAAUCCUCACCCGGGUGCAGGAUCCUCCCGGGUAAAGCGCGUGCGCAAGGAUGACAUCUCCUCCCUGUCCUGUCUGCGGGUGGCUUCCAGUCUGUCUCCCCUCCCACCAUUUGCUGCCUCGGAUUUUUUUAACGUGACUGUUGAGUACUGACUGCGCCACCAGUCCCUUGAAGCAAAGGAUCUGGGGGGGACAUCAGCAGCCCAUAAUAGGGUAGUACUGGUUUGCAUUUCAUUAUGGCUGUCUUCGACUCAGCUUAGAAUGCUUGUCUUCAUGUCUUUUCUAAGAUGACAUUAAAGUUAUUUUUCUUAAAGAAAA